AUGCUGGACGAGGACGACACCGCGACGCGGCCCGCUCUCUGGGGGACCUCCCCGACGCCGAUGGUGGAGGCUUUCCACGCGGCCGUUUGGUACAUCCUGCGUUACUGCGGGGCCGCGAUCGACGCCGCGGAGUUGCUCGCGUGGCGCACGCUUCUGCAGCUCCCCCUGCGCGCGGCGGCGGGCGGGCAGAGUUCCGUGAGGGCGGGCGAGGAGCUGGAGCUGUUCCUGCGGCUCGCCCUGCGGGUCCCCGUCUGGGUGCGGGUGCGGCAGCUGGAAGGGCAGUACGCCGAGUACCUGCACCUUCGCCCGGCGCUGCAUCGGCUGAGCACCCUCUGCGUCGGGAACCACAGCGAUGGGCGGGAGGCACGCCGCGAGGGGGAGGAUGCGUUUGUGCGUCUGCUGGGCGGGGCGGAGGUGGCGAAACUCGCCGUGGCGACGAAGGGCGAGGGCGCGGCGGCGUUGCUGCGGGUGGCGCGGGUCUGUGAGCUGCGGCAGCUGGCCCAGCUCCCCCUGCGCGCGGAGGCAGGUGGCCGCGGACGACUCGGCGCGGGCGGGCCGGUCGCAAACGCCCAUCACGACAAGGACGGUGACGGUGACGCUGCUGCUGCGGGUGCCGCAUGCGGGCGCUCGGCCGGUGCGCAGCCCCCCUCCACGGGCCUCCCCUCGCGCAAGGAGGACCUCAUCCACCGCAUCCUCGCCAUGGACUGCGCCGCCGCCGCCUUUGCCGCCGCCUGGGAUGCCGUCGUCGGGCCCGUCUGCCGGGUCCACGAGCGCCUCAAGGAGAGCGUCCACCGAGUUGCUGAGCUGCUCCACCUUCUCGCGUGCCCGUGCGGCACUGGUGGCGUGUUAUCGGGGCUUGGGCGUUCCCGUCCGCCCCGGCCACUCUCCGCGGCACUGCCGCUGCUCGCGCCGAGCCUCCUCCUGCGGCAAGCGCCGCGUGGAGUGUGCGUGCCGACGCCGCCGUGGUGGCGCGCCGACGGCGCUGUCGGCGAGGUUCCCGCCCCACCAGCUGCGGCGCCGCUCCGCCUCUUCACCUCCCCUGCGUCGCUCGCGAGUUACUUGGGUGCGCUGCGUUUGCACCAGACGCUGCUUGAGGCCGCCGCGGGCAAGCCGCGGAGGGGCGGGGGACUUGGCCUCACAAUGGCGUCACACACGGCCGUGGAAGAGGCGCUCGCCCGGCUACAGCAGCCACGGCAGUCGCUGGGGCGGAAGCGCGGGCAUCCGGAGUCCACGGCAGCUGGAGGUUCGAAUGAGCCGGUGGCGUCUGACGAGCGGGGCGCCGCCAGCGUGGAACGCCUGCUUCAGCAAGGCGGGUUGCUCUACGAGCACCUUCUCCCGUUCCUCCCCAAGUACGCCUGGUUUGCGUGCGCGGAGCUGCUGGUGCCGCUGCUGCUGUCCGGCAAGGAGUACGCCCUGGCCAAUCAGUGGCUGCAGAAACUUAUAGAGGAGCCCGUGCACGUCGUGGCGUCGGUGUGCGGCUCCGUCACGUUUCCCUUCUACUAUCGCCCCCAGAAGCGUGGGAAGUGGUGUCACCGGCUGGCGCAGAACCUCGCUUUGCUGGGGGAGCGGGGGGCGGCGCUGGCGUUGCUGGAGAAGCAGCAGCAGAACUGGCGGCAGCAGCCCUCCACGGCGCCCCAGUGCGCUGAGGUGGAGGCUGCCAAGCGACUUCCAGCCUUGCUGCAGCGCCGCGUUCGCCUUCUCGCCGCGGUGUUUCCGUCGCUGGGCGGCGGCGACAACAACAACAACAACAGCAACAAGGUGGCAGUGUACAACGCCGUCAACGAAUACCAGCGACGCCGCUUCUGUCGUCGGUGUGAUCGUAUUGCCAUUGAACGGACGCUCGCGGCGCUGCAUCGCUCGCUGCGCCGCUGGACGCCGUUUCCCGCCUCCCACGUGUCUUUUACCAGCCAUCUCCUGGCGGCGAAGGAGCUGACGAUACACGCCGCCCGCGACGCGAUGGACCCAACGCUCUGGAGCGACCCGUCGCACUCGAUGACGGCCUGCCGCGUCGAGAGGCACGUCCUUCGCUGGUUUGGCGCCGGGCAGAGCGGCUGCGCGAGCGGCUGGGCCGGGCUGCACUGCGAGGGGCGCUGGCUGGCGUGCCUGGCGCGGCUUCUGCUGUGGGAUGCGUACGUGUUUGACCCGACGCGGGAGACGACGGCGGCGGGCGCGUCGGCGCACAUUUGGCUCUCUCCGCUGCAGGACGACCCCCUCGACCUCGUCGCCGCUGCGGCUUUCUGCCACCGACGCCGCCGCCUCAUCGAGACGCGACUGGAGUUCUUCGAGGCCUGCCCGCGCGAGACCCUCAUCGACUACGUGCGGCAGCGCAGCCUGUCGCGGGAGGCCCCGAGGCGCGACGCCGGCGGCAGCCCCGCGCGCGAGGAGCAGCAGAGGCAGCGCGAAACCGAGAGCGAGGCGAGCCUGUGGGGCAGCGAGGAGGCGGAGGACGAUGGCGUGGUGCUGCCCGGCCAGCCGACGCCGCGCCGGGGCGAGCGGCCAGAGGAGACGCAGCCCGCGUUCUUCGCCCGCGACGCCGGCGCCGCCGCACACGUGCUGGACGUCGGGGAUUUGCCGCUGCUGAGUCUCCUGCGGGCGAUCCCGCAGGGCCCGCUCUGCGCGCUGCUGCGCCGCAUGUUUCUCUCCCCGCCGGAGGAGGGCCACACCGUCUGCUUCGCCGGCUUCCCCGACCUCGUCCUCUGGCGCGAGGCUCCCCUCUCCCUCCUCGGGCCGGACUUUAAGCUCGUCGAGGUGAAGAGCCCGCACGACGCCUUGAGUGACAAGCAGCGGGCCGCCAUUGACGCACUCUGCCGCUGCGGCUUCGACGUCUCCGUGGCCCGCGUCGUGGAGGGCGAGUCCCCGUGCAGGGGCCCCCACUCCAGCACAGACCGCGCGCAGGAGGCCGCGUUGCCGAGUGCGUUGCAGGUGCUUUAG